CACUGCAACUGAACACGAACACAAUUGAAGGAAACACUGAUCGAUCUCUAAUACCGGCAAGGAUGAAGCUUGCGCUCUCCUUUGCGCUCCUGCUUUCUCUCGUCCUCGCCGUCUCGUCCACGGCGGAGGAGUUCGAUUUCUUCUACCUUGUUCAACAGUGGCCCGGCUCGUUCUGCGACACGGAGCAGGGUUGCUGCUUCCCGAGCACCGGGAAGCCGGCGGCGGACUUCGGCAUCCACGGCCUGUGGCCCAACUACGCCGUGUGCAGGACCGGCGGCGAGCCGGACGCCGAGUUCUCCAUCGUCGGGGCACGGAAGAAGUGCUGGCCGGAGUACUGCAACGACGACAACCCGCUGAGCCUACUGGAGAUCAAGGACCUGCUGAAGCCGCUGGACCGGAACUGGCCGUCGCUGUCGUGCAAGAACGGCGGGCAAAGCAUGAGGUUCUGGAGCUACGAGUGGCGGAAGCACGGCACCUGCUCGGGCCUGGACCAGCACGACUACUUCGAGGCGGCGCUAGCGCUCAAGUCGCGCCACAACCUGACGGCCAUCCUCGCGAGCGCCGGGAUCGUGCCGUCGGACAGCAGAACCUACUUCCUGAGCAGCAUCAGGGACGCCAUCAGCGACGCCACCGGGUUCGCGGUGAACCUGGAGUGCAACCGGGACGAGUCUAGCGAGGCGCAGCUGUUCCAGGUGUACCAGUGCGUUGACCGCGACGGGAAGGAGCUCAUCGACUGCACGCUGCCGAUGCGGAGCAAGUGCACCGACAGGGUGAAGCUGCCCAGCUUCUGAUCUAGUUUAUGGAAGCCUUCGUGGCGGGGAGGGGCUUGGGCGACGGCACGUUGACAGGCCGGCUGCACGGCGGUGGGCAAGGCUGGAUUUGUUCGGCGUCUGUAUUGUGUUUUAUUUUAUUUUUGCGAGGAACUUAUGUGUUGUGUCUAGGCAUCAGUGGACUUGCCCAACUCGAUUCCUGGAUGUGUUCGUCACAGUGCUAUCAUAUUCAUGAUUAGCUGAAUAAGUGAAGUUGUAUCUUUCAUUCACGUGUGUUUGAUUCCGAAAUUACAGUAAUUUUUUU